CUCGUUUCUCCCUCACAUUUGUUUCCCCCUUCAUUCUAUCCUCUUUUCCCCUUUGUUUCUUCUCUUUAUUUGCAUCUUUCUCUUUUGUUUUCUUUGCCGUUUCUGAAGAGAGUUUUCGUGAGAGAGAAGCCCUAAGUUUUCUUUGUCGUUUCUGUUUUUUUUUUUGUGAUUUUGAAAUGCCCUGCUUCAUCGGAGACUCAUUUCAGAAGAUCUUAAAAAGUGCCUUGCUGAUGAAAAGGCACGAUAUCAAUUUGUAAUUCGUGCUGGUACUGAUACGGAGGUUCUAUGGAAUGAUGGAAGUCAGUCUAAAACUGAGCCUGUUUACAAACGCAGUGUAGAAUUUGAUCAAAAUCAUCCUAAAAGAAUGAAGCAAUCAAAGGAUCCAUUCGAAGCAGCAUUGGAGGAGCAAGAGGAAUCGCCACCUAAUUCCCCAGUUGGUGAGGAUGAGCUGAACAGCCAAACUCCAAAUGAGCCCCAGAACCAAACCAAUGGUGGACACAGUUUGCUUGUAGAUGAUGAUGAUUACGAUGAAAUUGGUCCGAACGUAAAAAAUUCCUCUCAUCCAUCAUCAACUUCAACUUCUAAGUUGCACUCUACAAGUAUUAAUGCUAAUGUUGCUACUGGAGCCACCACCAAAAACAAAGAAUACGAUGAUGAUGAAGAGGAGGAAAACGUGGAAGUUGAGCUUAGCAAGUUCCCUUCUAGUGCUGACCCUACUAAAAUGGCCAAGAUGCAAGCCAUUUUAUCACAAUUCACAGAGGAUCAGAUGAGUAGAUAUGAAUCAUUUAGGAGAUCUGCGCUUCAAAGGUCUAAUAUGAGAAGGUUGUUGGUAAGCAUAACUGGCAGCCAGAAAAUUUCUUUACCAAUGACCAUUGUCGUGUGUGGUAUAGCGAAAAUGUUUGUCGGUGAGCUCUUUGAGAAAGCUAGAAUAGUCAUGACAGAGAGAAAAGAAUCCGGACCAAUCAGGCCUUGCCACAUUAGAGAAGCUUAUAGAAGAUUGAAGCUUGAAGGCAAAGUGCCUAAGAGAUCAGUGCAAAGGCUGUUCCGCUAAGCGGAUCAAGAAACAAGCUUGCUCAUCGUUUAUCAGGUCUUUUUACAUGGUUUGCACAUUUGACUUGUUAAAAUAAUUUCUUUUGAACCUUAUGUUACAUUUCAUCCUAUUUUCAUUUCAAUGUAGAGGAAGGUAGAUCCCUGUAGGCCAUAAAUCAAUGUAUAUUUUGUGUUUGUGUUAGGCUUGGGAUGUUUUUAUCAAGUACAAAAUCUUUAAGUACAACAAUCACUUUGUGAAAAGUGACUGAUCUUCCUGCUGACUUCAUUUGUGAGCUUCGACGAGUGAAAUUUAUGGAAAUUACAGUUGCUUAUGAUUUCAAUUCAA